AUGUCGGACACAAUUCAUCUCAACGCCUCGCACAUCCCACUUCUCCGUGGCUUCCUAGCAACUUUCCAAGCCCGUAUCGACGGGCUUUUUGUUCGUUUCUCUAACUCUGCGAACUCAGAGACAAUGUACCCGAAUCAGACAGCGAGUUGCUGCGACACAUGGAUAUUCUCCUACACCAAUGCUGCCUGGAACUCAGUUGGAACAUUCAGACUUACGGAACAUACAAGGAGCUCCGGGAUAUGGUUCAGCCAUCUUAAUUCAGACUUACUAGCCCUUGAACUAGAGCGUAUAUGCUGUAGGAAGUACGUCAUAAUGGACAAGCUUUCUAUUGAAAAAAGCAAAGAUUGUCAAUAG